AUCUCGCUGCGGAUCAGCGCUUACUCCGAAAGUGUCCACCAAAAUGAACGCUAAAGUCCUCGUUCUCCUGAGUCUUCUGGUCGCGGUGGCUGCUGACAAGCUGCCCGCCUUCUCCUACGGGGCUCCUGAGGCAUCCGAGGAGGCGUCUGAAGAGUUCGAACCCGCCAAGUACGACUUCGACUGGGCCGUGAAGGACGACGACUCCGGCAACGACUUCGCGCACGAGGAGUCCCGUGACGGUGACGACACCCAGGGGUCGUACUACGUGCAGCUCCCCGACGGCCGCCUGCAGAAGGUCACCUACUACGUGGACGGCGACGACGGCUACGUGGCUGAGGUCACCUACGAGGGCGAGGCUCAGUACCCCGAGUCGCAGGAGUCUCAGGAGGCGCCCGUGUACGCCCCUCCCAGGCCCUCCUACGGGUACCCUCAGUAAAGAAAGGCAUUCGCUCAAAUGGCUCAUUUCCCGACGGUGAAUGCAUGAAUGAGUCUCCAGUGUUUGUCAUGAUUUAUUUUCUUAUAUUAAGUUCCCGCCAGUGGCUACGCACCUCAGCAUGGCCUCUGU